CUGAUUUACGAUAAAGCAUUAACAUAAUGUUCCCCAAAAGAUGACGUCAUGAUGUCAAUAAAAUAUCUGGAGGAACACCGUCUUCGAAAAGGACCUUAGAUUCCUCCACGAACGCACGAAGCCGGAACACAGGACUUGGAGAUUUAAGAUGUUCACUCAUCACAAGACGUUAUUUUCUCUGAUGGCAGUUCUCUUGCUCAGCAUUGCUGCCGCAAAGAGUUCACCUGCACCAACAGAUUAUAAUCGGUCCGAUACAGAAGAUAUAGAAACAAAAGAACAGCGGUCUGGGGAGGAAACUGAUGAGAGUACAGAACUGUUUGACGACAAGCAACUGGGCUCAAUGGGAACGCAAGAGUACAGCAAGAAAAGCAUGGACUCAAUAAAUGGCGCAAGGGGAUUCCGUGGUUUUGCAAAGAAACAUUACGAUUCUAUUGGUGGUUCAAGAGGUUUGAUGGGAUUUAACAAGAAAAAUUACGAUUCGAUCGGCGGGUCACGUGGGCUUCAAGGUUUCAAUAAGAGAUACUAUGAUUCAAUUGGCGGAUCACGUGGUUUACAAGGUUUUAAUAAGAAAAAUUAUGAUUCGAUCGGGGGAUCACGUGGUCUCAAAGGUUUCAACAAGAGAUAUGAUUCGAUCGGGGGAUCACGUGGUCUCAAAGGUUUCAACAAGAGAUAUGAUUCUAUAGGUGGAUCACGGGGUCUCCAGGGUUUCAACAAGAAAAACUAUGAUUCGAUUGGCGGUUCGCGUGGCUUUCAAGGUUUCAACAAGAAAAAUUAUGAUUCGAUCAGCGGAUCACGUGGUCUCAAAGGUUUCAACAAGAGAUAUGAUUCGAUUGGCGGAUCACGAGGUCUCCAGGGUUUCAACAAGAAAAAUUAUGAUUCGAUCAGCGGUUCACGUGGUCUCCAGGGUUUCAACAAGAAAAAUUAUGAUUCGAUCGGCGGUUCACGUGGUCUCCAAGGUUUUAACAAGAAAAGCUAUGACUCUAUAAGUGGCUCAAGGGGAUUACAGGGUUUUACAAAGAAAGGUUACGAUUCUAUUUCUGGCUCACGAGGAAUGAAGGGUUUCAAUAAAAGGCAUUAUGACUCCAUUAAUGGUUCAAGAGGGCUAUCUGGUUUCGUUAAAAGAUCAUAUGAUCCUAUUUCUGGAAGUCAUGGCUUUUCUGGAUUUGUCAAAAGAGAAACCAAUACAAACGGCUCGAAAAAUUCCGAAUCCUUUUAAAGAUUUUAUAUAAUGAAUCGUACCUAAUAAUGUCACUCUUGAUCUGUAUGACUAAAUUAAGGGAAAAUUAUGUGUCAUGAUUUGCUAUAAAUGGAUAAAACGUUUAGGAAAAUAUUUGAUAUUAUAAUGAACCAUAUGCAUAUUAUACUGACUACUGGACUAAAGUGUAUUUAAGGAAAAGUAAACUAGAAUGCAAGUAUCACCUAGGCCUGCCUAAAGUUUCGGAUACUUUUAAAUAUAUGUAUGAAGAUUAAACCAAUCUGACUUUUGACUGUGUCUUGAAUUCGCGGACAGGUUAUAACGGUUUGCAGGCAAAGCAUGUAAUUAUCGUUACCCGAUUUUCAAUUCAAAUUAUUAUAUAAAAUGUUAAUAUGUUUACUAUUUCCAUAGAUAUAUUUUGUGUUGAAUAACUGCAAUCGUUCCGUCGUUUUCUGGUUUGUAUUAAAACAAAUAACAUUAAAAUAUGCAGAAUUGUGUGAUACAAUGUAGAUUGCGUGUCCCUGCUUUUUAUAUUGUUCGGUUUUCUUUCAAUGAAAUUUUU